AUGAAUGAAACAAAACCAAAUGUUGGUAAACAUGGCAACGAACUGUUUAUGAAAGAUAGUAUGAAUAAAAUUACAGAGGAUGCUAGCUCCUUACCCAGGGAAAAUUACAUUCAAAUGAAUAAAGAAAUAACAAAUAGUGACACAUUAAAAAAUGAAAAAUUUAACGAAGAAAUACAAAAAAAAAUAAAAUCAAAUGCUUCAUUAAAGGAACAACCAAAUAUCCUAAUACCCAAUAUUGACACAUAUGUCGAUGUAAAAAACGAUAAUAAUAAUAAUAAUAAUAAUGCGAAAAAUUCCAAACUAACAAAUAAAGAUACCAAUAUUAAAAUGGAUGCCAUGCAAAAUGAAAGGCUAGGAAAUCGUAUUCCUACUAAUAAUAGUAGUGAUAUCGUUAGUACCAAAAUGCAGCAUCUUCCCUCCAAAGCAGAUACGCCAAAUGAGAAAAAUGAAUACCCAAUUAAUAAAAAAGAACACAAACUUGAUUGUAUAGAUUCAAAAUGUAGAAACAUAAAUAGCAACCAUGAAUAUAUGAGUAACAAACACCCCGAUACAAAUGUGAAAGAUAACCACACAUAUAGUAAACGAGAGCAUGUGAAUGGCAAAUAUGGAUACAUAAAUACAAAGGAUACUCGUGAAAAUAGUAAGCAUAAUCCUAUAAAUAAGAAAUUCAAUCGUAUAAAUUUAAAUAUGAGAAACAUAAACAAACAAGCAGAUACAGAAUGUAAAAAGGGAUAUGGUGAUAAAAUGAGAAAUGGGGUAAAACAUGCUAAAUUCGAAAAAAAAACUGGUGCAAUAUUACAUAAAAAUAAUAAAAUUAAGUCUUCUGGUAUAUCGGGUAUUGAAUUAAUAAGUAAAGAUAAUAAACUAAAUAAUAAUGAGAUAAAAAAUAAAAAGAAUCCAUAUGAUGUAUCAAAUGAAAAGAAACUAAAAAUAUUAGAAAAACGUGUUAGAUGUUUAAAUACAUAUUAUAAUAGAAAAGAUAUGGGGAGUUGUAGUUUGAAUAGUUCAGUACAAUAUAAUGAUGGACACAUAAAUGGAAAUGAAAAUAGUAUUAAAAAAAAUGUACUAUUAUUAUUAACUCGUGAUUUCAGAAUAGCUGAUAAUUGGUCUAUUAUAUAUGCAUAUGAUAUGGCAAAAAAAAACAAAUGUAAUUUAUUAGCAUGUACAUAUAUUAAUAGAAAAGAAAAAUUUACUGAAAGAUAUAUAAAUAUAAAAUUAAAAGUUUUAAAAAAUUUAGAAGAAGGAUUUAAAAAAUUAAACAUUCCAUUUUAUGUUAUUCCAAUAUUUAUGAUAGACGAAUUUAUGGAAUUUUUAAGAAUUCAUGAAAUAAAAACAGUUGUCUGUGAUUUCCAUUCAUUAGAAUAUCAAAAAAAAUUUGUCGAAAAUCUUGUACAAAUGUCAAAUAAAAAAAAAAUAAAAGUUUUACAAGUAGAUUCACAUAAUAUUAUACCAUUAUGGAUAACAUCAAAAAUGGAGGAAUCAUCAAUUCGAACUAUAAAGCCCAAAAUACAAACUCACUUAUCUUCAUUUUUAAUAGAAUAUAUAAAAUUAGAGCGUUUUGAUCAAACCAUAAAAUAUCCAGAACCAUUUGAUAUUGUAAGUUUAUAUAAAAAAUUAACAGUUAAUAAUUCUUGCUCAGUUCUAUCAAAUUUUGUAUGUACCGAAAAAAAAGCCAAAGAAAUUUUGGAAAAUUUUUGCAAAAAUAAAUUAGACAAAUAUAGUGUAAAGAGAAAUGAUCCUAAUUACGAUACGAUUAAUCUCCUUAUUCCGUACAUUAAUUUGGGAAUUAUAUCAUCACAAAGGUGUAUACUCGAAGUUAACAAAUAUGCUCUGCAAUUUCCUUCUAUUCAUGCUUCAAGUGGAAAGGAAUAUUUUAAUGACGAUUUGUUAAUCAAGAAAGAAUUAGCAGACAAUUUUUGUUACUAUAAUAAAAAUUAUGAUAAUUUUAAUGGAGCCAAGGAUUGGGCAAAAGAAAGUUUAAAAAAACACGAAUUAGAUAAAAGAAAUCAUUUAUAUGAUUACGAAGAUUUUAGAAGUGCUAGGACACAUAAUGACAUUUGGAAUUGUUGCCAAUUGCAAUUAGUAAAUGAAGGCACAAUUCACGAAUUUUUAAGAAUGUAUUGGGCAAAAAAAAUUCUGAACUGGUCAGAAAAUUCUAGAACAGCAUUAAAAUGUGCAAUUAAAUUAACCAAUGAAUUUUCUAUUGAUGGAAAAACAGCUAAUGCAUAUGUUUCCAUCAUGUCAUCUAUUAUGGGUGUUCAUGAUCAAAGUUGGAAUGAGAGAAGUAUUUUUGGGAAAAUUCGAUAUAUGGAUUAUAAUAGUUGUAAGCGUAAUUUUGACAUAAACUUAUAUAUGUCAAAAUACCCCAAAGGGAAAGAAAAUGCCUUAAUUGUUCAGAAAAUUCCAACUAUAACUUUUUCAAAUUAUAUAAAAAAAAGAAAAAAUAGCGAGCUGAUAUCUAUCCAGGAAAAUAAAAAUGAAAAGGUUCAGAAGAAAAAGACUGCCAUGGCGGGAGGGGACGAUAAGGAGGUGAAAAUUGAUACGAAGUUAAACUGA